AUGUCUAAAGAACAAAACGAUUCUGGACUGAGGCUUCGUCCUACCAAAUCUAGCUCUAGUAUCUCAAAGUCAUCAACGGGUAAUGGGAACGAUGCUCGAGCAAAUAAAGCUAAUUGUUCUAACACUCCCUCUAGGACCGCUCCCUCUAGAACCGCAAACAAGUCAACAGUAGGUCGUGGACCACCUCCUUAUUGUCCUUCAGGAAAAAUAGCAUUCUUUUUAUUCGUGAUAGUGCGUUUAAGUGCAGCAUUUUAUUCAAAUAUCGCAGAUUGUGACGAGUAUUCACCGAAGUAUGCAAUUAGAAGUUGGGCUUAUAUUAAAUUACAUGCAAUUGUUGGUGGAAUAUUUAAUAUCAUUUUCGGACAUGAUAAGAUCAAAGUCUUUUACACCAUACGCGUAGUGUUUGCUAUAUUAUGUGCAUUGUCUGAAUCGAUGUUUUACGUUUCUACAGUAAGCAAUCUUGGACCACGUGUAGGACGUUAUUUGAUUAUCUCUAUGUUAUUUAGCGCUGGAAUUUGGAAUGCAUCAACUGCAUUUCUUCCAUCAACAUUCGCGAUGUAUACUACUAUGGUCGCGUUUUUUUAUGCUUUAAGAGCAGUUUCACAGAGUUCCGGACGUCGAAUUUAUAAAACAAUAUUUUGGGUUGGUCUAGGAUCAUUAUUGGCGUGGCCUUUCGGUGCAGCAAUAGGAAUUCCUGCUGCGUUUGAAGAAUUAACACUUCGUACUAGUGUGGUCAGAAAGAAAUUUGAGAGAGUUCAACGUUUAAUAUUUGGGCUUAUGAUUUCCAUGUGCCUUAUUCUUGUACCACUCGUCUUGGCAGAUUCCUAUUAUUAUAAACAAUUCAACAUUGUUCCAUUGAAUAUUAUAAUGUAUAACGUUUUUGGAGGUAAGGAUCGAGGGCCCGAGUUAUACGGUACUGAACCCUGGCAUUUUUACAUCAAAAAUGGUCUCUUGAACUUCAACUUCUUGUUUAUUUUGGCUCUCAUUAGUUUACCGGGUUUGAGUACUAGAAGACAUUAUAUUAAAAUGUUCACAACUAGUAUUCUUCUUAUUUCUGGUUUGAUUUCGCUUUCACGUAUUUCAGCUCUCUAUAUUAAUUACAAUGCACCAAUAAAAAUUUAUAAAUAUUUCUAUUAUGUUGAGAUACCUCAACAAAUCGAAUCGCGGAAUAUCCAAUUAGAUCUGGCAAAUCCUAUAAAUCUAUGUGUUGGAAAAGAAUGGUACCGUUUUCCAAGUCAUUAUUUUUUGCCUAAUGGUGUUAGAUUGAGAUUUUUGAAAUCCAACUUCAAUGGGCAAUUACCAAAAUAUUUUCCGGAAAAUCAUCACAUUGAUCCUGAUGGUAGAAUUAAGAUGAGCAAUGUACGUGAAGGAACUUGGAAAAUACCAGAAGGGUUCAAUGAUAUUAAUCAAGAAGAAAUGGAUAGAUAUGUCAACAUUGAACAAUGUGAAUAUAUUAUUGACUUAGAAAUGAAUUAUACUAGAAAAGCAACUGAUAAUGAACCACGUUACGCAGCUCAGACGGAUAAAUGGAGUGAAGUUAUUUGCGAACGAUUUUUGGAUAAUGAAAAUUCAGACAGAAUUUCUCGAGCAUUUUAUCUUCCCCCGGAAAUAUGGAAAAGGAUUAAACGGAUAAUCAAGUAUUUACCCGUACGAACGUUCAAUAGCAAUGCAGUGAAUAGAUUAGGCGAGUUGAGAUGGGGUUCUUAUUGUUUGUUACGAAAGAAAGCUUGA